UGAUUUCGUAAGCUGCGUCGAUCGAUUUCUAUGCGUUUAAGUUGCGGUUCUUCUUUCAAUAUGAUUUCAAUUCUGCGCAGAAACAUUACCUGCUGCUGCUUGUCCGCGGAUUACGCUGCUCCCCACGGUAUUUCUCGCUCCUUUUGUCUCCGCAUCUUCUCUACUUCGAAUGAAAGAGACGUAAUUACUUCUGCUGCAAUUUAUGAUUUACUACGGAACAAACACCAAUUUUCGGCCAAAGUGGCUGCUAAAGCCGCCUCUGUUUUGGAUCGGGUGAAAGUGAAACACCCGGAGAAUUGCGAAGCGACACUCUCAUUUCUUCGAGAGAGUGGCUUUUCAAAUACUCAAUUGGAAAAAAUGGUAAAUUCCGUGCCUACAGUGCUCUUUGGUAGCCUUGAGGGUUCCAUUAAACCCAAAAUUAAGGUUUUCCAGAAUAUAGGGUUUCGUUCUGAGGAUAUUCCCAUAAUAAUCUCAUCCAAUCCUAUCCUUUUGCGGUUAAAUUUGAGCAAUAGAGUAAUUCCUUUAUUAUCUAUGGCAAAAGGGUUAUUGGGAAACGAUGAAGCCUUUUCUCGAUUCUGUAGGAGAAGUGGAUGGGCUUUAUCCAGAGAUUUGGAGAAAACUAUACUUCCGAAUAUCGAAUUAUUGAAGAGCUAUGGUGUGCCUAUGGAACGCAUCAUUAAAUUUAUGUGUACUUUUCCAAGGACUUUGAUGUAUAACCCAGAAAAUUUUAUGAAGUCUGUGGAAAAGGCUGAGGAAAUGGGGGCUGAUAGAAAGUCCCAUAUGUUUAUUUACUCAGUUCGAGCUGUAAGCCAAAUGUCUUGCAAGACUUUGGAGCUAAAACUGCAGGCUUUACGGCAAUUUGGAUUUUCGGAGAGUGACAUACGUGCAACAUUUCAGAAGUCACCAUAUGUGUUCUCUUCCUCAGUGGAUAGAUUAAAGAAAACAAAAGAUUUUCUUCUUGCUACUGGAAAGUAUGAUAUGUCUUCCAUUGUGAAGAAUCCUAUGGCUCUGUUGUUCAGCAUUGAACGGAGGUAUAAUCCGCGGUGUAAGACUUUACAACUUUUGGAAAGUAGGAAUCUUAUUGAAAAAUGGCCUUCUCUCAGCGGACUUUUCCUGAUGUCGGAUAAAGCAUUUUUUGAUAAAUUCGUCGGCCCUUAUUUAAGCGAACUCAACAAUGUGUAUCCUACAGAGAGUUCUAUGGGCGGUAUUUACGAAAAAACUAAAGUUACUUAGAGCAAUUGGUUCAAGAAUGGAGAUCUUUGUAGUCAAUGGGUUACGAGUGAUCAGGGGCUAUUGUGAUGACUGUUCUGACAUAUGGGAUGAUGUAAUAUGGGGAACAAUACUAUUAUUCUUCUUCACAAGCAGCUCCAAAUCAUAUGGGAUGAUGUAGAAGGCAGGUGAGGUGAAGUUGGUGCAAUGCAGCUCAGAUCAGAUUGCAUACAUAUUCACUAAAUCCUUCAGUGUUGGUCGGUUUGAAGUUCUUAAGAACAAAUUAGGUGUUUGAAGUUUCAUUCAGGAGGAAUAUGUUAGUGAGUCAAUGUUGCAUAUUUAAUUCUCUUUAAUUGUUCGAAUAAGUAUUAGUUUGGUCAUUAUUUAGGAGUUUGGUAAUUGAUGUUAGUAGAUGUUAAGGUGUGUUUGUUUGAAGGAUUUUGGAGGAUUUCCACUAUUCAUCCAAUUUUUUCCCCCCAAAAACAUCAAAUC